UGGCUCAUUGGCUCAGAAAGCUCCACCCCAAAGAGGAGUGAGGAACAAAAGCUGCCUCUGGGAGGCCCUCAGGCACACAGACAAGCCCAGGGACCAGAGAGUGGCUGCUAGACCCAAGAAAGGCUCUCCCAGGCCUCGUGGCCCCCACUCCGGAGUGGGCACUUGCGGUGUAGACCGUCCACGUGAGGAAGCAAGGACACAGUCGGCAUGAACUGGGCGUCCCUGCAGGGCCUCCUGAGCGGGGUCAACAAGUACUCCACGGCGCUAGGCCGCAUCUGGCUGUCGGUGGUGUUCAUCUUCCGCGUGCUGGUGUACGUGGUGGCCGCGGAGGAGGUGUGGGACGACGAGCAGAAGGACUUCGUCUGCAACACCAAGCAGCCAGGCUGCCCCAACGUCUGCUACGACGAGUUCUUCCCCGUGUCCCACGUGCGCCUCUGGGCCCUGCAGCUCAUCCUGGUCACCUGCCCCUCGCUGCUCGUGGUCAUGCACGUCGCCUACCGCCAGGAGCGGGAGCGGAAGCACCGCCUGAAGCACGGCCCCAACGCCCCGUCCCUGUACGACAACCCCAGCAAGAAGCGGGGCGGGCUCUGGUGGACGUACUUGCUGAGUCUCGUUUUCAAGGCUGCCGUCGACUCUGCCUUCCUCUACGUCUUCCACCGCCUCUACCAGGACUACGACAUGCCCCGGGUGGUGGCCUGCUCCGAGUCCCCUUGCCCCCACACUGUGGACUGCUACAUCUCCCGACCCACGGAGAAGAAGGUCUUCACCUACUUCAUGGUGGCCACAGCUGUGAUCUGCAUCCUGCUCAACCUCAGUGAGGUCGUCUACCUGGUGGGCAAGAGGUGCCUGGAGACCUUCAGCCCGAAGCGCCAGCGGUCUCCGCGCCGGGAUCACCUGCCCGAUACGUGCCCCCCAUAUGUCCUCUCCCAGAGAGAGCACCCCCAAGAUGGGAAGUCUGUCCUAAUGAAGGCCGGGUCGGCCACGUUGGAUGCAGGUGGGUUUCCAUAACCUGUGAGGUUGGUGGCUGGGACCACCGGGUCCAUGGUCUGUUCCCUAAGGCCACCGCAGGGCAGUGGCCUCUUUUCUGCAGCAGGGGAGGUGAGGAAGAUGGUUGUGGGGCUCAGGAAGCACCCCCAUGGGCCAGUGCUGGAGAGCAGCUUGGUCUCUAGGUCCUGAGCCCCGGGGGAGGGAGGUUGAUGGCUGGUGGGGAUUUUGUAUAUGGCAAUGGGGUAUGUCAAAACCUUAAUAAAUGUGACUUUCCCAGUAUUUUGUACACCAGGUGGGGAGUGCCGGGUAGAAGUGUCAGGGGGGUUCACCAUGGACCUCAGAGAGGAGCCACAACCACUCAGUGGGUGCCUGCACCCCAGAACCUCAGAUCCAAGGUCAUCGAUGCAUCACGCACACACACACCACCACACCACACACACUCACACGCACCACACAACAUAUGCCACACAUACACACACAGAGUGUGCCCCCAGGACGUGGUAGGAAUGCCAAGAGGUGGCUCCAGGGGUCUCUGGGCUCUGCAACCAGCCUUGGUCUGCAACCAGCUGGCCAAGGCAGGAGGAGUGGGAUCCCAGGAGACCCUGGGCCCAGCACAGGUCAGUUCUCAGUGGGAGCCCCUGCAGUGAAUGUGCAUGGUUCAGGAGGCCUCGGCCCCUCCCCCAUUCCAGCCUCCCUCACCCUGCCCAUCACACUGCUCAGAGAGAGAGUCUGGGGAAGGCUGGGAGGGAGGGGAAGGUGCUGAGAGUGAGCCCAGGAUGGGGAGUCUGUAGAGAUAUCCCCACAGGCCACGGACCUAUUGAGAACAUCAGAGCUACAGGGUCCCUCCCGGAGCCUCCAGUCUGAGGAAAUCCCCCUCUCUUCACCAGACACACAUUUCCUCAUCCUCCCACCCCCAUCCCCACCACUCAGACCUUGACCCCUCCCCAAAUCACAGCUCCAGUAUGGACCUGCCUCAGAGCCAGAGCCCCCACCAACAGCCCAGGGGAACAACCCUCCGGGAGGCCCACAGGCCUCCUCCAGUCAGCAGCUCCCAUGCUGACCACACCUACCGUCCUCACACAUCACCGACUCCCUGACCAUGAAUGGCACCCCAGCCACCCAGUUGUCCCAGCCAGGAGCUGGCCUGACACCCUCAUGCCCUCCCCGUCUCCCAGCCUCUCACACCCCACAAGCCAGUGCCAGUGCAGUUCAUCCUGCUAACUCCAACCCUAAAUGUCUCCUGAAUCUGUCCUUCCUUUCCCACCACCCUUCCACCAUGGGGACAGAGUAGUCCUUCUAUAUAUGAACCUGACUCUGGCAUUCUUCCUGCUUUAAAAAUUCUUCCACUACUACCACAACCCUCCAUUGCCCUCAACCUGACCCCUGCUGGCCUCCCCAGUGUCACCCCUGCUUCCUCCCCCCUUGUUCCCACCAAUAAUGCCAAAGGGCUUAUGGGUCCCCAACCAGACACAUCAUGCUGUGUCAUGCCUCAUGCCUUCGCAUAUGUGUUCCUUCUGCCUGGAAUACCCUUCCAAUCUCCCCUGGGAUGCUUCCUUGAACCCCACGGUUCAAAACCUUAAACCUAGCCUGUGCCUUUGCCUUUGCCCAUCAGUCUGUGAGCCCUUCACGGGCAGGACGCUGACUCACCCAGGUCCCCAGCUACCUUUAAUAAAUGUUUGGUAAAUGAGUAAA